AUGUCUCUCGAAGGAAAAACUGCACUAAUUACUGGUGGUACCAAAAACCUCGGAAAAUUGACCGCUAUCGAACUGGCGUCUAAGUAUAAGGCAAACUUGUUUUUGCAUUACAACUCUUCUCAAGGUGGUGAGCAAAAGCUGGCAGACGAAUUGGCUUCCAAGUAUGGUGUGAAGGUUGAAGUCUAUCAAGGCAAACUUGGCUCUGAAGAAUCAGUGGCCAAGCUGUUCGAGGCCUGCAAGGCUAAGUUCGGUUCAAUUGAUAUUGCCAUCAAUAACGUCGGUAAAGUGCUCAAGAAGCCAAUUGUUGAGGUUACCGAGAAAGAAUUUGACGAAAUGGACGUGAUCAACAACAAAGUUGCAUUCUUCUUCAUUGCGCAGGCCGCCAAAAACGUGAGUCAAGGCGGUCGGAUCAUUUCCCUUGUCACAUCGUUGCUAGCAGCAUACACACCAUUUUACGCUGUUUAUCAGGGUACUAAGAGCGCUGUUGAAUACUACAGCAAGAGCGCUUCUAAGGAACUUGUCUCCAAGCGCAUCUCUGUCAAUUGUGUAGCACCUGGACCUAUGGAUACACCAUUCUUCUACUCUCAAGAAAAACCUGAGGAUGUGGAGUUUUACAAAUCGGUUGCCUUUGAUGGCCGCCUCACCAAGAUUGAAGACAUUGCGCCUAUCGUUGGGUUUUUGGCUACUUCCGGAGACUGGAUUACCGGACAGACUAUUUACGCUUCCGGUGGGAUGACUGCGCACUGA